CGACGCGCCCUCGCCCCCGAACCGAAAGAGUAUUUCCUUCUCUCGUCCUCUACCGUUUCUUUUCAGCUGCAACAAUGCAUCGGGCGGCGCAGUCCCCUCCGUUGCACCACCCGGUGCCGCAGCAUUUUUCCACGGUUCCCCAGCUCCGAUCACCGCCUCCGCCUCCGGGGUCCGCGCAGUCGCAACAGCUCGGCUAUGGCGGGAAUCCGUAUCAGCAGCAGCAGGGCGGCAACAUAGGCAACGCCUUUGGCGCAUACGGCCAGUUCAUGAACGAUCCCACGGCCCAGGUCGCGGCGCAGUUUGGCCAGACUGCCUUCAAGCACGGCCAGGAAUAUGUGGAACAGAACAUCGGCCGCUACGUCAAUGUUUCCGCGCUCAAGUACUACUUCAAUGUCUCCAACUUCUACGUCGUCAACAAGCUCUUCCUGGUCCUCUUCCCUUGGAGGCACAAGCCCUGGUCCCGCAAACAAGCUGUGGGAGCAAACGGCCAGGAGCUGCGAUAUCUGCCUCCGCGAGACGACAUCAACAGCCCCGAUAUGUACAUACCAGUCAUGGCAUUGGUCACGUACAUUCUCCUAUCUACUCUGGUUGCCGGUGUCAGGGGCAAGUUUAACCCCGAACUUCUUGGAUACACAGCAACAAUUGCGCUCGGCGUCGUCAUCUUCGAAAUCAUCGCGUUGAAAGUCGGAUGCUACCUCCUGAGCAUCUCCAGCCAGUCCCAGCUACUUGAUUUGAUUGCCUACUCUGGCUACAAGUUUGUUGGUAUUAUUGUCACCAUUGCCAUUGCCGAGAUUGUCAACGGUGGCAAGGGCACUGGAGGCUGGGUUGGGUGGUUGGUCUUUAUCUAUACUUUCUUGGCCAACUCCCUUUUCCUGAUGCGAUCGCUGAAAUACGUCCUGUUACCUGAAACAGCCGCCAACUCCGGAGGACCUAUGCAGACGGACACCAGGGUGAAGCGAAACCAGAGGACACAGUUCCUUUUCUUCUACUCCUACCUUGUCCAGCUGUUCUUCAUGUGGCUUCUCACCAGACCUUGAAACCGCCUUGAUGGGGGAAAGAGAAAUAAAACAGGAAUGAGGCACCAAACAAAAGCUUUUGCAUGUAUGAAGGAAGAAGAAAGAACACCAUAGGAUAUCACGAGAGGCGUUAGACACGGCAUAAAGAGGUCCAGCGGUGGUGUGCAUAUAUGGUAUAGGCAUAGGGACCAGCGUUGAAGAGUGAGGCUGGCGCUAUCGGCGGCGUUUUGGGGGUUUCCGCUCCACUGCGGGGGUUAGACUUGUUCCACUUAAUUAUUCACC